AUGACAGGGACGUGUGGUCGACCACGACCACAGUCCAGCAGCAGUGGUAAUAGUAGCAGCCCAAAAUUUUUCGCGCAUUUUACAUGCAAUGGCACAGGGAGAGAGGGGAGAAUAGAAGAGAUAUUGCUGCAAAAUACAUUGAUACUGCUAUCUAUCAUUCGAGUAAAAGGAAUCCCAUUGAUCCAGCAACAGCAGGACAUAGGCGAUUUUCAUUGGGAAAAACCGAAUCCACAAGCAAUAGAUUUAAAAGUAAACCUUAUAUAUAAGGGGACUUCAGUAGCUAAGCCGGUUACCUUAAUGAGAAGUUGGAAUCGACCUGAAACAUUUCCGAUAGCACGUAAAACUUCAUUCUCGAAUGGAGAUAUAGCGGCAACAAAUGAAACAGAUCGUUGCAACUUAAUGCUUCCAGCAAGACUAUGUCAUUAA